AUGAAGAGGGGUCUGUCAAGGGUGUACUGCGACAAGGCGCUGGUCCGUGCCUGCAGGGCUGCUGCAAAGUCUUUGACUGCGACAGAGACAGAAAACCAGCGGGAGGCGUGCAAGGCGGCGGAAUCUGUCCGCGCGGGGCUGUCAAGGAAAAAGCCAGAGGAAAAAGCGGCUUGGUAUAGGGCCGAGAAGGCCAAGAGGGCAGGCGAGUCCAAAAGCACGAAGCGAACGUGUGCUUCUGCCGUGGGAGCAGUGGAAGAGCAGGAGAGCAAAAAGCUCCGCAAUGCCGCGCAACAAGAGAUCCAGCUUGGUCUUGCGGCAAACGUCAAAGAGGCAGAAGCGAAGUGCAAGGAGACCGUCAACGACCCGUGCGGGCAGACUAAGAUUGUUCGCGGUGAAACUUGUCUCCACGUGUUUGGAGGUGUGACCGUGUCCUCGGAAGAGGAGCGCGGCGUGUCGAAAAUCGUCAAGCAGAGGAUGGAUCUGCGCGCGUCGGAAGACUACGAUAACUUCCAAGAAGUUAGCGGCUCUCGAAUGGACAGAGCCGGAAGGGUGAUUCAAGCAGACGCCGCCUCGAGCAAGAACAGUUCGCGGGCGGAGUUGCCUGCUUCUUCCAACCUUCUCAGGGUGAAGGACGACACGGAGGCCAUGCGAGCUGUGCACGCUGAGCGCGAGUUGGCUUGGAUCAAGAGCUGCAGGGCCAAAGCUGAGAAGGCCGGGGCUGGAGGCAAGAGCGGGGGUGGCCAGCAAAAGAUCCAAACCUUGGAGCUGGAAAAGCUUCAGUUUGAAGCCGGCUUCCGCAAAGCUGUGCAAAGCCUGAGAAGCCAGUAG